ACAGUUUGUAGCUUAUGGUUCAUUGUCACAGUGAAGACAGAUUAAUUAACACCUGUGUGACUUGCGAGGGUGUUAAAUCAUUGGGUGGUAUCGAUUUAUUUGACACCGGACUAUCUGCAUCCAUUACCCAGCAUGCCUCGCUUGUUGCCGUCUGGGGCGAAGCAGUGACUGUGUAGAAUAGAGCCAGCUACGUUUGACAUUCAUGAAGUUUGUCGUUACUAUGCAUUUCUAUUGUGUGAAAUAAGACAAAGAGGGACAGAAACGUAACAAGGGGAAGGGGACAAAUCUGUUGUUGUGUCAACACACCAGCAAUGCCUCUCUUCACGACCAACCCCUUCGACCAAGAUGUUGAGAAAGCAACCAGUGAGAUGAACACAGCUGAGGACUGGGGCCUCAUUCUGGACAUAUGUGAUAAGAUAGGACAGUCACGCACUGGGCCUAAGGAAUGUCUCCGCUCUAUAAUGAGAAGAGUGAACCACAAAGAUCCCCAUGUGGCCAUGCAGGCACUGACUCUUCUUGGAGCCUGUGUCUCAAACUGUGGGAAGAUAUUCCACUUGGAGGUGUGCUCCAGAGAGUUUGCCAGCGAAGUCAGUAACGUUUUAAACAAGGGCCACCCCAAAGUGUGUGAGAAGCUGAAAGCCCUGAUGGUGGAGUGGGCAGAGGAUUUCCGCAAUGAUCCCCAACUCAGUCUGAUCUCGGCUAUGAUCAAGAAUCUGCGUGAGCAGGGUGUCACUUUCCCAGCUGUGGGGUCCCAGGCUGCAGAGCAGGCGAAAGCAAGCCCUGCUUUAGUGGCAAAGGAUCCCUCCACCUCAACAAACAAAAAAGAAGAAGAGGACUUGGCCAAAGCUAUUGAGCUGUCACUGAAGGAGCAGCGUCAGCAGCCACAGACCUCCCUGUCGGGUCUUUACCCGAGCACCUCCAGCCUGCUCUCAUCACACAAGUCUGACGGCAGGAAAGUCCGCGCCAUCUACGACUUUGAGGCAGCCGAGGACAAUGAGCUCACCUUCAAGUCAGGAGAAAUCAUCACUAUCCUGGACGAUAGUGACCCGAACUGGUGGAAAGGGGAAACGUACCAGGGAGUGGGAUUGUUCCCGUCUAACUUCGUCACAGCCGACCUCACUGCAGAGCCUGAGAUGAUGAAGACAGAGAAGAAGACAGUACAGUUCAGCGAGGACAUCCAGGUGGAGACCAUAGAGCCCGAACAAGAGCCUGUAUAUAUAGACGAGGACAAAAUGGACCAGCUACUGCAGAUGAUCCAGAGUGCAGAUCCAACAGACAACCAGUCGGACAGCGUUGAGUUACUACAGUUGGAAGGUGCGUGCAAUCAAAUGGGACCACUCAUUGACCAGAAGUUGGAGGAUAUAGACAGGAAGCACUCAGAGCUCUCAGAGCUCAAUGUGAAGGUGAUGGAAGCUCUGUCCUUGUAUGCCAAGCUGAUGAAUGAAGAUCCAGUUUAUGCCAUGUAUGCCAAGCUGCAGAGCCAACAGUACUACAUGCAGCAGCCUGCCAGCGCCGCACAGCAGGUCUACCCUGGUCAACCUGCAUCAGGUUCGUAUGCCAUGAGCGGUACCGCGGUGCAGGGUUACACUGUCCCCAUGGAGCAGCUUCCACCUGGUCAGCCAGCUCCCAGUGAUGUUCACAUGUACAUGGGUCAGCCGCCAGUCUACACUGCAGGUCCAGGCAGCAUGGCCCCAGCAGACGUACAGUCCUACCAGAACCCAGCCAGCGCCCCCGGCCCUGUCCCAGGCACGACUCCCGCAGGCAUGACGCAGACACCAAACUACAGCACCCACUCCGGCCCGAGCAUAGCACCUUCCUCAGAUGUCUCACAGGCCCCCUACUCAGAGAAAGCCUUGCUAUAGGGCCCCCUGAGCUCACUGUAAUCCUCACGCAUACACCUACACCAGACCCGAUCAAAUAGUGGUCGUAGAUAAUUUCUUCUGUUAUGUUUUUAUAUUUAGUUUUAUCAUAGAACACCAGAUGGAUGGAAGAAGAAGAAAUCAAAAAGACUAACUUGACAUUUGACACAAUAAAUAAAUAUACAGUUACACUUCUCACUCCAGGUUUCGAAGUGAUCAGGAGGGGUUUCAUUUUGAAGAGCUCACACCAAGUUACACAUGGUCUGUAACUGGACACUUUGUGUUCUUUUAGGACUUUAUUUAAAUUAUUCUUCUGCAUUUACACUCUUCUUCUUCAUGUCUUUAUGUGACUCAAAUGUGAAGACAUGGAGGAGCUUUCAGUUGCAUUUUGUUCUUAAUUCACACUCGUAAUUCAAGCCUGAUCACUUCCAAAUCUAGAUCUGAUAGCAAUAUAUGCAUCCUUUUUUUUUAUGUACGCCACCCCUGACAUUUAUUGCUUCCUUUUUAUGAAAGGAUAUUUUAUGGGUCUAUAAUUUUAACAUUUUCUAGGAAGUUUCCUGGAAAGAACUAAAUAGAUUAGUACAAAUCAUAGUGGAAAUGAGAGGAAAAGUUAUUUCAGUUGGGCAUUAAGCGGAUUUCUAAGCAGAUGAUUUCCGUAAAAGAGAAACUCAGUUUAAACUCAAGUAAAUAUUUAUGCAUCAGUCUUUUAUUAUUGGAAACUGUAUUUCUCAUAUGGUGUGUAUAUUUCUGGAUGAUCAUUUGAUCUAUGGCGUACUGACUUUUUAGGGUUAUGCAAUUUAAAUGUAGUAUUUUAUGGAUAAUUAGUAUCAAAUUCCAUAUUUCUUAACUAGAAACUUCCCAGAAAAUGGUUCAGAAAAUUACAGACCUGUUAAAUAAAUCUUUACUAAAAUUGCUUUGCGAAAACAAGUGUAACUGUAGGCCGAAACACAAAGUCAAUAUGCAAUUACUAUUUGAUCAAGUGUGAAAUACACACAGGCAUUCCUUCACACACCACCUAACAUGCACACUGGAGCUACACACACACACACUACACUACACUACACUACACUACACUACACUACACAACACAACACAGUACAGGCAGAUAUACAGCAGUCACAUCCCUUAUUACCUUCACUCACACACUAAUAUGGAGGGAAAUCCACAGUGUACCACAGCCUUCUCACCCACUUAAAGCAUCUGCUUUAGGAGGAGGGGGUGGGGGUCGAUUUACAUUUACCGUUUUUUUUUGUUUUUCUAUCCGAAAAAGGACUUUUAGCGAUGCUGAACAUGUUAGGCUACUACAUCCUGCAUAUGUCAUCAACUUUUAGAAGUACUGAAAACUGAAGCCACUUUGUUUUUUGUUUUGUUUUGUUUGGAGGGAAAAGAAACCAGAGGAGUUGAAGCAUGCACAUGACUCUUGUAUAUACUGUACUGAACUAGUAGAUGAAGCCACAUGACGACCUCAUGGGUGGGCUGGAUGUUAGCACAGCUCCGGGUGUUUCUCUCAGCCUUAAAGGUGAACUCUGCAGCCAUGAUGUCCCUGCUGAAUUAAAAGGUGUACUAGCCAAAGAGAACAAAGUGAAACAAACACUCACAUGCCAGAAAACAGAUAUAUUAUCUUUUCUUUUCUUUCUUUUCUUUACACGAUUGACUCUUAACUUCAUAUUGCAGAGUUUUCCUUUUCAAAAUGAGCAGCUCUAGGUCUUUGUUGGUGGAUGUAGAGUUUGCUCUCUGUCUCCAUUCAGGGGCUGUACUAACAGACUCGUACCACAGACCUGGCUACUACUGGGCGAUCUCUCUGAACAGCCCCAGUGUCUUUAAAGCAUCUCUUUAGUCAGUGUUGAAAAAUGAAUAUGUUUUUUUUGUAGUGCAUUUUAAUUUAUGUUUUGACUAUUGAUAUGCUAUUUUAAAUGGAGAAGCAGUGCAGGAUGUAUGUAUUCAGAGAAAAGCGGAAUAUGUGAUAUUCUGCAUAACUUAGUUGUAUAUUUAAAAUCGCUCGCGUGAGGACAUGGACGUUUCUCUCUGUGUUUGAUACAUGCUUAUUGUACUGUAGGGUCAAAUGGUAAUGUGAAAAACUGAUCGAACCUCCCCAUGCAUUCAGACGUGUCCUUUCUCAGAGCUGUCUAACACUAAAACAAAUUCUACCUGAAGCUGAACUGAAAUAAGAUUUUGGGAAGUACAGUCAGGAUUUGUAAACACCUCUUCCCCAAGGACUCCCUAAGCUAUCCGUUACAGUGACGUAAGUCAUUUACGAUCAAAUAUUGUACAAAGUCUACUUCUCGCACCAUACGUUGAUCUCACUACAUACUUUAAAGUCCUUGGGAAAGAGGACAUCCUUACAAACACGGACUUGUUUGCAAAAAGCUGAUGAAACAGGAAAAUUAUUUAUCUGUUGUUGUAUUAAUAUAAUAUCUAAACAAUGCUACAUGAAGGAAUUACAAAGCAGUUUUAAGUAUGUUAAACUAGAUUUUCCAAUUGCAGGGCAAAUUGGUGUAUUGAUCUGACUGUAAAGAUUUUGUCAUUUCAACUCUUGAAGUAAGAUGUUUCAGAUGUCCUUACUAUCCCCGUGCUGCCAUAACUUUAGCUCAACAUCUGGGACUUUGCAAAACAAACAAUCUUUUUUUCUUUCUCCGGGACUUGAUUUUAACUUUGAUAUAGUUGAUUCAAAGACAAGAAAAUCUUUUCUUUUCUUUUUUUGCUGCCUUCAACUAAAUGCAAGAGUAAAAGUGAAGUGUUAAUGUGUUGGAUCAAAGAGGGCUGAAAAUAUUAAAUAUAAAAAAAAAAGUAGCAGCUAUUCUGGGACCACAGGACCUAGGAGCCAGUUAAUCAUCCCUCGUAACAUCUCGUUGCACCACGGUGUUGGACUGCAGCCUCGAUGUAACUUUAUUGCACAGGAUUGAGAUUCUGCCUGUUUUUAAGUUUUGAAACAUCAUUAUUGUAAAGUUUCUGUCUAAACUUGUACCCUGCUGUUUGUAUGUAUUCUUUUAACCAUACUUAUUAAUUGGUAUUCACAAUAAAACCAGGCCAAAUGUACAGAAUAA